AAGAUGCCCCUGGCGCAGCUGGCCGACCCGUGGCAGAAGAUGGCCGUGGAGAGCGCGGCCGAGAGCGGCGCCGAGAAUGGACAGCAAAUUGUGGAUGAACCAAUGGGAGAAGAUGAUAUCAACCCACAAACUGAAGAAGAAACUAUAAAAGAAAUUGCAAUAACUCAUCACGUAAAGGAAGGACAUGAGAAAGCAGAUCCUUCACAGUUUGAACUUCUGAAAGUGCUGGGACAAGGAUCCUUUGGGAAGGUAUUUCUUGUCAAAAAAAUCUCAGGAUCAGAUGCUAGACAGCUUUAUGCAAUGAAGGUAUUGAAAAAGGCCACCUUGAAAGUUCGAGAUCGAGUUCGAACAAAAAUGGAGCGUGAUAUCCUAGUAGAAGUUAAUCAUCCUUUUAUUGUCAAGCUACAUUAUGCUUUUCAAACAGAAGGAAAACUAUAUCUUAUUUUGGAUUUUCUCAGGGGAGGAGACUUGUUUACACGGUUAUCCAAAGAGGUGAUGUUCACAGAAGACGAUGUUAAAUUUUACUUGGCGGAAUUAGCACUUGCUUUAGACCAUCUACAUAGUCUUGGAAUAAUAUACAGGGACCUGAAACCAGAAAACAUACUCCUUGAUGAAGAAGGACAUAUCAAAUUGACAGAUUUUGGCCUUAGCAAAGAGUCAAUUGAUCAUGAGAAAAAAGCCUACUCUUUUUGUGGGACAGUGGAGUAUAUGGCACCAGAAGUUGUUAAUCGACGAGGCCAUACACAGAGUGCAGACUGGUGGUCUUUUGGUGUUUUAAUGUUUGAAAUGCUCACUGGUACUCUACCUUUCCAAGGGAAAGACAGAAAAGAAACCAUGACUAUGAUUCUCAAGGCCAAACUUGGAAUGCCCCAGUUUCUGAGUCCUGAAGCACAGAGUCUUCUCAGAAUGCUCUUCAAAAGAAACCCAGCAAACAGAUUAGGAGCGGGUCCAGAUGGAGUUGAAGAAAUUAAGAGACAUCCAUUUUUUUCAAAAAUAGACUGGAAUAAAUUGUACAGGAGAGAAAUACAUCCUCCUUUUAAACCUGCAACUGGCAGGCCUGAAGAUACAUUUUAUUUUGAUCCUGAGUUUACAGCAAAAACUCCAAAAGAUUCACCUGGCAUCCCACCCAGCGCUAAUGCACAUCAGCUGUUUCGGGGAUUUAGUUUUGUAGCUAUUGCAUCAGAUGAUGAAAGCCAAGCAAUGCAGACAGUUGGAGUUCAUUCAAUUGUCCAGCAGUUGCACAGGAACAGCAUUCAAUUUACUGAUGGAUAUGAAGUAAAGGAAGAUAUCGGAGUUGGGUCUUACUCUAUUUGCAAGAGAUGUAUUCAUAAAGCUUCAAACAUGGAAUAUGCUGUAAAGAUCAUUGACAAGAGUAAAAGAGACCCAACAGAGGAAAUUGAAAUCCUACUGCGCUAUGGGCAGCAUCCAAACAUUAUUACCCUAAAAGAUGUAUAUGAUGAUGGAAAAUAUGUAUAUGUAGUAACGGAACUUAUGAAAGGAGGAGAACUGCUGGAUAAAAUUCUUAGGCAAAAGUUUUUCUCCGAGCGGGAAGCUAGUGCUGUCUUGUUCACAAUAACAAAGACUGUUGAAUACCUCCAUGCACAAGGGGUUGUUCACAGAGACCUGAAACCUAGCAAUAUUCUUUAUGUGGAUGAAUCUGGUAAUCCAGAAUCGAUUCGAAUUUGUGAUUUUGGCUUUGCAAAACAACUGCGAGCAGAAAAUGGUCUUCUGAUGACUCCAUGUUAUACAGCAAACUUUGUUGCACCAGAGGUUUUAAAGAGGCAAGGCUAUGAUGCUGCGUGCGACAUAUGGAGCCUCGGUGUUCUACUUUAUACCAUGCUUACUGGCUACACUCCUUUUGCAAAUGGCCCCGAUGAUACCCCAGAGGAGAUUUUGGCCAGAAUAGGCAGUGGGAAGUUCUCUCUCAGCGGUGGUUAUUGGAAUACAGUUUCAGAAACAGCUAAGGACCUUGUUUCAAAAAUGCUUCAUGUUGACCCACAUCAAAGACUGACUGCAGCCCAAGUGCUUAGUCACACCUGGAUAGUUCACUGUGACCAGUUGCCUCAAUACCAGCUGAACAGGCAGGAUGCUCCCCACUUGGUAAAGGGUGCAAUGGCAGCAACCUACUCCGCUUUGAAUCGCAAUCAGUCACCGGUUCUGGAGCCAGUUGGCCGUUCCACUCUUGCUCAGAGGAGAGGUAUAAAAAAAAUUACCUCAACAGCCCUGUGAAGUGACCUCAGCCAGAUACUUGGUACCAUGGCAUAAGAUGAUAGCACAAAUCAUGGCGACAGGUAGCACAUAUCUGACAGAUACCUGCAAGCACACUCUGUCCCAGCUGGUACCUAUAAUGCUGCUGCUCCUGCUGCUGCUACUGCUUUCAUCUAUUCUCGCUUUAAACUGUUGAUGGCAACUUACUGAUCUGACUGGAGCUGCAGGCGGUGUGAUGAUGAGUGGAAACACAAUGAAAAAUAUCACGUUCACGAGCGAAUAAACCAGAAGAAUUGCGAACACCACCUCUGUCAAAAAUACACUGAAUAAAGCACUCUGCACCACAUAGCAUUAUUUUUAUAAGGAAUAUUUUUUGUCCCCUAAAAUAUUCUUUGUUACAGGUAGAGAUGGACAGUUUAUGUUAAGCACUUAGCUUAAACGAUCUGUUUAUAUUAGCACUAUAUACUUUGUGCCAUCCAACAUUUUGUAUGUUUUUGUAAACAGUUCAUAAGCAGUACAUUUCUGUGCUGUUUUCUUUAAUGUAUACAUGCCUUGUUUUACUUAGAUUUUAUUAAUCAUUUUGACAACUAAGUCUGAUUAAACAGUUCACCUGGAUUAAUCAGUAUUGUUGGACAGCUCUAAAAGAAGCCUGACUGUUAAACAGCUAUUGAAUGUAAUACUAUGAAUAUGUAUUUCUCCUUGCGUGUGUCUUUUCUACAUUUCCAUGUUUUUGAAUUUGCCUGUCAUGUUAUGAAAAUCGGAAUACUGUUUGUAGUAUUCAAAAUUUAAACAGUGGGUCUCUCCAUACUACAUAUACAUAGAUAAUAUAACUCAGAGGAAAAAUAGUUUGCUCUAUAUCUUACUGUCUUUUGUCCCUUCUCUCUUCCCUUUUAUGCUCUCCCGUCUAAUCUCCGGACUCAGGAAUCACUGCUAAAUACUGUCUGAUAGACGACAUUUCUGUAUUGUUUAUUCUUAUAUAAUCCAUUGUUAAUAUUUUGUCUUUGUUCUGACUUUUAUUGUAAACUGCAAAGGAUUUGUUCAGUGAAUGCUGGCAUUAUAGAAGAAGGGCAGUGUUGAAGAUAAAGCAAAACAUAAUGUCCAGUAAUAAGCAGAAGCUAGAAAAAAGUGUAGGUUUAAACCACAUCCAUUGUGACUGCCAAACUGAUUGAUCUGAUGUUCAGUCUGUUAUUGCCUGAUACGCAUAGUUAACAACCAAAGCAAAAUGAGAGCAGAAUCAUUGAGAUCUGUCUCAGGGUGGAGAACUGUCAUUAAAACCAAACAUGAAAAUAGUACUGUCAAGGUCAGCUCAAAACGAGACUGUUCAGAGUCAACGUUCUUGCUUUUCCCUAGACAAGACUUGUAAUGAGAAUGAAAGACUCAUGAUCUUUAUACCGGUACUGGCCUUCAGUAAUCCUGGCCUCCUGAUAUCUUACGUAGCUAAAGGCAUGUGUCUAGCCUUGAAAGAUCCAUUGCCCAGCUGAGAUGAGGUACUGGAGUGUGUUUGAAUGCAGGGAGUCUCCCAUUUCACCAAGUAAUUUGCUACAUUAACUCACUCCAGCUAAGAAAGUGGCCAAAUACCAACUUUAAUAUGUAUGGAUCUGUCUGAACAGCUGUUCGUGAACAGCAACAUUUGAAAAUCCAAAGAUAGGGGCAAGCUAGUAUUUUGUAGAAGGUGGGAUUUUUUUGGAUUAGGAGUAUUAAAUUACUCUUAUUUCAGGGAAACUAGAAUAUUAACUGCAAGAGUUUUGUUGGAAAGGAGAAUCAUCUUUAUGACACUGAGUUGUUCUGUAUGAAUGAGAAGCUUCCUUCUUUUGCAAGAUUUUCCUAGCUCCUUGGGUGAGCUUUCAUUCCCAAGUUUGCAAUGGAGCCAGUUUUAUUGCCCUUCUUGAAAAUCUGAUAAAUGUUAAUCCUCUGUAACGUUCCCCGAUGCCCAUCUCCUUAAUUUGGCAAGAAAUAGCUACUGGACUCCCCGUAUUAAGUCGCAGUACUUCAUCAGACCUGAUGGUGGAGA